AUGUAUAAGCAGGAAACAAGAACAAUUUUCCACCCCUAUGAUCAGCCUGCUUUAUCUAAAGAGAAAACAAAUUCACUUGGUAGAGUAUUUAAACUCAUGGAUCAUGAUAUUAAUCCAAGGAGAUUAUUUGGUCAUUCGUCAACGAAAUUAACGAAAAAAACAAAAUUCACUAAUGAUGAAAAAAUUUCCAAACACGAUCUCGAUCCAAUACGUCGUGUAUUUUCUAAAGUCAUCUCACAAAUAAAGGGUCGACAGUCAAAAAGUGAAAAGACACCGGCAGAGCCAAAUAUUCGUUCUUCUUCUGCUGCUGCUGAGGAAAAAUCUAAAGAUUCUCAUCCAACGUCAAGGACAAGUUUAGCGACGAGGAUUAUUUCCAGCCUUUCAAGCUCUCCGUCUAGAUUAUCGGUCAUAAAAAAGUCGACACCACUGACACACGAUCCAACUUCAUCGACAUCUGAAAUUCCAUAGCGUCGCUUCUUCUUUUCACUUUUUUUUUUUUUUUUUUUUUUGAAAAAUUACCAAUUUUGAUUCAUCACACCUGGGAACUUAAAAAAAAUAAAAAA